GUCUGUAACUUGCCGUGUUAUCAAGUUUCGAGAAUUAUAAACAAUGACAAUAAAGGAUUACAAUCCGUUUGGUGACGAAAUAGUCCUACGUUCCAUAGACUGGUUGGAAAACUUCCCAUGGAGACAAGAAAACCAGAUAUCUGUGAUAAAGGAUAAGUUUGUGAUUAAAGUUAACGUGAAAGGUUUUAAAUCUGAAGAGAUCACAGUUAAAGUAGUUGAUGGGUACGUAGUUAUUAAAGCUUAUCACGAAGAAAAGAGGGACGAAUACGGUUAUAUUUCCAGAAAAUUUGUGAGAAGAUUCCCCUUGCCCGACGAAUGCGUAAAAGAUAAGCUCGAGUCAAGGAUGACAGGUGAUGGAGUUUUGACGAUAUCGGCGCCUAAGCAUUUCGCAAAGAACGACACUGUGAUACCGGUAAAACAUGAAAAUUCGGUUAAAUCAAAACUUUGAUGACUGUGUACAGAAAUGAGAUAACGCAUAUUUUUUGUAGUCGUAUUUAAAUACUGGGUGUUUCCAAAAUUUGUUAAAGCUAAAUAUUAGAUUUCUG